CAGGCGCGGCUGGGAAGCGACGGGAGGGAGCAUGCGCGAAGGGAACUCAACGGCCGCUUCCUGAGGCAGAAGUGGAAGCGGCGCGGAGAGAGCGAGCCGGCGUCAGGAUGGCGGCGUCGGCGUCGGGUUUGGGGCCCGGGGACGAGCUCGUCCAGGAGGUGGUCCCGUACCGCCGCCGGUCCCGGCUACUGUGGGGGACGGUGCUGCCCUUCUGCGUGCUGUACCCGUUGUGGCUGUGGCUCUGGGGGCGCUGCGCAUGCGCGUGGGCCUGGGGGGCCAGCCCCGGCUCCGAGACCCCCGAAGCCGCCCUCCUGGCCCUCGCCGCCAUCGGGGCCGCCCACCUGCUCACCGCCCUGGCCGGCCUCUGGAGCGUCAGCGUCCACUGCCUCCUCUACUGCUGCUGGGUGCGUUGUCCAAAGAAAGCCACGUUGGCAAAAGUGGUGCCCACCCCAAAUAAUGGUUCUGCUGAAUUAGUACCACUUCACCGAGACCAGGGGGAGGACGGCCAAGAAGUUCUUUCCUUUGAGUUUCAGAAAAUAAAGUAUUUCUAUGAACUGAAUGAGAAGAAAAAAUUCCUUUCUGUAGCCUUCCCUGUGGAGCACCCACUGCAAUAUUAUCAAAAUGCCAGAGGCUACCAGGAAGACAAAGAAAUUAAAGCAGCAGAGAAGAAGUAUGGCACCAACAAGGCAGAGAUGGUUGUGCCAGAGUUUCUUGAGCUCUUCAAAGAGAGAGCAACAGCACCUUUCUUUGUUUUUCAGGUAUUCUGCGUUGGACUGUGGUGCUUGGAUGAAUACUGGUAUUAUAGUGUCUUCACUCUUUCCAUGCUGGUGGCUUUUGAAGCAUCUCUUGUCCAGCAGCAAAUGAGGAACAUGUCAGAGAUCCGAAAAAUGGGCAACAAACCCUACAUGAUCCAGGUUUACAGAAACAGGAAAUGGAGGCCAAUUUCCAGUGAUGAGAUCAUUCCAGGGGACAUUGUAUCAGUCGGCCGCUCUCCUCAUGAGAACCUUGUACCAUGUGACGUGCUGCUGCUGCGAGGAAGGUGCAUUGUAGACGAAGCCAUGUUGACUGGAGAAUCAGUGCCUCAGAUGAAGGAACCAGUGGAAGAGCUGGACCCAGAUCAUAUUCUUGACAUGCAGGCAGAUUCCAGGUUGCAUGUCAUUUUCGGGGGAACAAAAGUUGUGCAGCACAUCCCACCACAGAAGGCCAGCACCGGCCUGAAACCUGUCGAUAAUGGAUGCGUAGCCUAUGUUCUAAGGACAGGCUUCAACACAUCUCAGGGGAAACUUCUGCGUACAAUCCUAUUUGGUGUUAAACGAGUGACAGCCAACAACUUGGAAACUUUCAUCUUCAUUCUUUUUUUGCUUGUCUUUGCCAUUGCUGCUGCAGCAUAUGUGUGGAUUGAAGGCACCAAGGAUCCCACUAGGAACCGCUACAAGCUUUUUCUGGAAUGCACUUUAAUCCUCACCUCGGUUGUCCCACCAGAACUUCCUAUUGAGCUGUCUUUGGCGGUCAACACCUCACUCAUCGCUCUUGCCAAAUUAUAUGUUUAUUGCACGGAACCAUUUCGUAUCCCAUUUGCAGGCAAGGUCCAGAUUUGCUGCUUUGACAAAACUGGCACACUCACCAGUGACAACCUGGUAGUGAGGGGUGUAGCUGGACUCCGAGAUGGGAAAGAUGUGACCCCUGUGUCAGACAUUCCUAUUGAGACGCACCGGGUCAUUGCCACCUGCCACUCCCUGAUGCAGCUGGAUGAUGGGUCCCUGGUGGGUGACCCUCUAGAAAAGGCCAUGCUAACUGCUGUGGAAUGGACUGUGACCAAAGAUGAGAAAGUUUUCCCCCGAAGUAUUAAAACUCAGGGACUGAAAAUUCACCAGCGCUUUCAUUUUGCCAGUGCCCUGAAAAGAAUGUCGGUCCUGGCUUCCUACGAGAAGGUCGGCUCCACUGAACUGUGCUACAUUGCAACGGUGAAGGGGGCCCCGGAGAUGCUUCACGGAAUGUUCUCUCAGUGCCCAAGUAACUACAAUGGUAUCCACACAGAGAUCACCCGGGAAGGAGCCAGGGUCCUGGCACUUGGCUACAAGGAACUGGGGCACCUCACUCAUCAGCAGGCACGAGAGAUAAAGCGGGAAGCCCUUGAAUGCGAUCUGCGGUUUGUGGGCUUCAUUGUGGUCUCUUGCCCCCUCAAAGUGGAUUCCAAGCCAGUUAUCCGUGAAAUCUUGAAUGCCUCUCAUCAUGUAGUGAUGAUAACGGGCGACAACCCCCUAACUGCCUGUCAUGUGGCCCAGGAGCUGCACUUCACCCAAAAGGAGCAGACGCUCAUUCUGCAACCACCCAGCAGCAAAGGUUCCAGCUGGCAGUGGCAGUCCAUCAGUGGCUCCAUCAUGCUCCCAAUCAUCCCGCCAUCUCUGCAGGAGUUGAUCCAGCGCCACAACCUGUGUGUCACAGGGGAGGGCCUUUCUCAACUCCAGGCCACAGACUCCCAGCUCUUGUUGAGGCUCAUUCCCCAUGUGCAAGUCUUCGCACGUGUUGCACCCAAGCAGAAGGAGUUUGUGAUCACAACACUGAAGGGGCUUGGCUAUGUAACACUGAUGUGUGGCGAUGGGACCAAUGACGUGGGGGCUCUGAAGCAUGCUGAUGUGGGAGUGGCCCUGUUAGCCAACGCACCUGAACGAAUCCCUGAGCGCAAGAAAAGGCUACGUGAUGGCCCUUCUGAUGGGAAGCCUGCUUUGCCCUUGCCUGCCAUUGGAAGCAACAUGAGGCCCACCUCCCGGGCUGCUAAGCACAGGGUCAUGUCACACAGAGAGGAGCAGUUAGCCAUGCAGCGGGCUGCCUGCCGGUCUAACUACAGAUCCAAUGGCACAGCAGACACGGUUGCAUCAGGGAGACAGGCAAUGAAACAGGAGAGGAUCAGUCAAGUGCUGAAGGAUUUGGAAGAGGAACAAGCACCCAUUGUGAAGCUGGGUGAUGCCAGCAUUGCGGCUCCUUUCACCUCCAAACUCUCCUCUAUACAGUGCAUCUGCCACGUGAUCAAGCAGGGCCGCUGCACCCUGGUCACCACACUCCAGAUGUUCAAGAUCUUGGCCUUGAAUGCACUCAUCCUGGCCUACAGUCAGAGCGUCCUUUACUUGGAAGGGGUGAAGUUCAGUGAUUUCCAGGCCACACUACAGGGGCUGCUGCUGGCUGGCUGCUUCCUUUUCAUCUCCAGGUCCAAGCCUCUGAAAACCCUCUCCCGGGAGCGACCACUCCCAAAUAUCUUCAAUCUCUACACAGUUCUAACUGUGUUGUUGCAGUUCAUGGUGCACUUUGUCAGCCUGGUUUAUCUCUAUCGAGGUGCGCAGGCCCGUAGUGAUCCCAAGAAAGAUGACUUCGUAGACCUCUACAAGGAAUUUGAACCCAGUUUAGUGAAUAGCACUGUUUACAUCAUGUCCAUGGCAAUGCAGAUGGCCACUUUUGCCAUAAAUUAUAAGGGCCACCCGUUUAUGGAAAGUUUGCGGGAAAACAAACCUCUCCUGUGGAGCAUCAUUCUUUCAGGACUGGCAAUUGUAGCCCUCCUGACUGGCUCAUCUCCAGAGUUCAAUGAACAGUUUGGGUUGGUAGACAUCCCAACAGAGUUUAAACUAGUGAUUACUCAAGUUCUGCUGGCCAAUUUCUUCAUUGCGCUCCUCAUCGACAGAGUCUUGCAGUUCCUUCUGGGCAGCACAAAGCUCAAAGUGCCUUCUUGAGAUGGAACCCCUCCCGGCGGAAGUGAAGGACGACGACACACACGGGAACAGCCACCACCCAGCAUUGCAAAGGAAUAUUUAUUCUUCGACACCAGUUUGGUACUGGCAGGCAAUGGCCCACUGUGUUACUUUGGAACCCACUGCAAAGGUUGUGCAGGGGGCGACAAUAACUUUCACAUGUUUACUGAACAUGACAGCAAUUGUUGACUUUUGUACUGCCCCUGUGCUCCUGGAAUGAGGUCAUGGGAUUUGGUAAUUAAAUGGCAAUCAAUGCAUUUUACAA